AAUGACAUUGUCUAGUCAUACGCGUUUUCACUGAAUUCCCAUGUAUUAAACGCCCUUAUUAUAAGUCUUAUUUUUGAAAAGCAAGUGUAUAGUUUCCCUUUUAAACCCACAGCUGUGUCCUAAUUGUGGCUCGUCGCAUAGAAUGACGUCAUUUUCAGGAGGUCGUUAUGGACAUGUCAGUUGUUCACUGGAUUAGAACUAAAAAUGGGUCAAAUUUGCAGAUACUCUGGUAAAUCCCGCUGCCUGAUGUUACGCGGGGUUCGACGUAGUUUGAGCAGUCGGACAAUUAAAGACUUAAAAAUCCCGGAAGUCAUUCACGCGACCUUUGACACACUUUAGGUUGGGCGGCCACUGCAUGCAAAAUGUUACGUAACCGCUCAUUGGAACGUGUGCUCAGCCGACUCGCCACAAUGCGCGUUAGAGAGGAGACGAUGGCCAUUUUGAAGCAGCACGACGUCGGGAACAAGAUCGCGUCUCAACCCGCGCUCCCCAAAGCCUCCGUGCUGAUCCCCCUGAGCGUGAGGAACGGCCAGCUGUGCACCCUGAUGACCCUGCGCGCACGAGAGCUUCGGACCAGUGGGGGAGAGGUGUGUUUCCCUGGCGGGAAGAGAGACCCCAGUGAUGCGGAUGACGUGGACACGGCUCUGAGAGAAGCAGAGGAGGAGAUCGGACUACCACCUGCCGACGUCCUGGUGGUCUGUAGACUGGUCCCCAUCAUCAAUAAGAGUGGUCUGCUGGUGACCCCGGUGGUCGGCUUCAUAGAGGAGUCGUUUUGUCCCCGUCCAAACCCAGCGGAGGUCAGCGCCGUGUUCACGGUCCCUCUGGACUUCUUCACCAGGGACAAGGAGCACUGGUCUAGCCACGGUGUUGCUGGGAUGAGGGGGUUUCUGCACUCGUUUUACUUUGUGGACCCUGACUCAGGACGCCAGUUCCACAUAUGGGGCCUCACUGCCAUGCUGGCCAUCCUGGUUGCUGUCCUCGCUCUCAGGAGGACGCCGGAGUUCGAUGUCGGUUUCGACCCCAAAGACCCGUUACCCUUCUUCCAACAGAUGCUACAGAGCAGAACCAGUAAACUGUGACCAGCUGUUUUCCUGAUAGCUGCUGAACAUUCAUUCACUGCCUUAAUGUGAGGAUACGAGUGAUGUGUAACUUUAAAAGAUGAAUAUAAAGAACGAUUUAAAACGGGUGCCUUGGAAAAAAUGAUGGGUGGAGCAAAAGGACAGUUUCCAUUUUUAUU